GGACACGUGUGCUGGCAUUCUCAAACAGGUCAACACAUUUUACACCUGUCUCUCGCGCGCAGAUAGACAGUCACUAUUACCCAAGCCUUAAGAGUAGCCCACUACUGGCUAAGAUAGCGACGAGUGUAUCAUUAUCUUCAUUAGAGAUGUUGGCAGCACAGGAGAUAACAACACACUAAGAUUGGGGCCAUACACACUACACACCGGAGCGUGUACCACAACAAGCCUGCCAGAAACACGUUGUUGGCUUCUGUGUUGUUUUCAUCGGUUUAGUUUUCAGAAAAACCUCAAACACUGAGUUCUUUAAGGAAACAAAUAUUUGUGAGGAAUGUGUGACGUCAUGACCCCUUGACAUGUCGUCACCUUCCAAUCGACGUCAGCGGCGUCUGCCCCACGCCCUGCGGCCAUGUCGCAACCCCCUGACCAGCCCCACGUUCUACAGCUACCAGAGCGCCCUCCAGUGGAUCCGAACCCAGCAAGACGUCAUAAGCCAGUGUGUUCAGCUGGUGCAGAUCUACCCCAACCUCAUCAAAGACGAGUCGAUGGACGCGUUCUGGGAGUUUCUGGAACCGCUGAUGGGACAGGCCGCGAUUCCAGACGCCGGGACUAUGCUGACCAGUAAAAGUAUCAGCAGGAACAUCAGGGACACCAAACGGUACGGCGUCAAAACACGGAGUCAAGGUCCUUCUAACGUGACAGAACCUGGACCUUCCACGACAGUCACGGGUGUGGCGCCCAUGGUAGCCGACGACAAGACGCCGAGGGUCCACCUCAUCAGCCACUGCCAGGCUGGCUCAGCCGACGUGGACAGACUCCUACACGACGGCGUCCUGCGCAUCCUGCUUGAAGAGUUCUACACGCGCCAAAACAGACACGGGCACACCGGUCUCCCGUCUCUAGGUACCUCGAUCAGAGACAAAAUGGCGGACACUGACGUCUGCGUGUACCUGUUCAACGAAGCCACGAUGGAGGACACCGCCUGCUUCAACGAGCUGUGUGUCGCCCUCGAGCUGAACAUACCAAUCGUGUACGUCCGGUACCACAAGCACACCAAGACGGACAAGUUGCCGGAUAUCAUCCUGAGAAAAAGCAACGGGUUCCAGUCGCUCAAAGACUACAUGGACAACCACCGAGAGACUCUCCGUCCGUCUAGCAGCACCGUUACUAAAAAUAGCAUUGGUCAGAGAGACAAACUGGAGCCGCUGAGCAUCAAGUCACGGCCCAGCUCGGCCAACGACAAAAUGUCUGGCAGCGACAGAAUGUCUGGCAGCGACAAAUUGUCUGGCAGCGAGAGGAAACGGAGGAAACACUCCCAGGUCUCCUCGGAGAUUGACCUAGUUUACACGCUGGUCAACAGCUUCAAGCACGCAUGCGCAUUCGACGAGUCGGACCCGGCCGGCUCAGCGCUGCACCUGAAGAGGGUUGUCCACGAGAAGCUGGGCAACCCAGACCAGACGGACCCCACACAAAGCGCCACCUGUGACGAGCUGACAAUCAAAGCACCCCACACCUCCAAACACAACGGCCUUGUGGAAACUUCCGAACGUUUUUUAUCAACCAACAACAGGUCUAGCGACAAUGAAGCGGAAACAGCCGCCGAAUCGUCGAGGUAUUCGCACGGAGGGGCCCAGCUGGUCAAGCUUCCGCCCCUGGAACUCCCGACAACCACCUACCUGAUAUUUGACCGGGACCAGAACAAUGUCGGCCCCCGCAGGGUCGAGUUCCCCCUGAGGGACCCCCGAGAACAUAUGGUGGACAGUGACGUAGACCCCGAGGAAAUGGAACCCCCAAACUCCCCGAUUCAAUACCACGAGAUCGAUUUGAGCAGGAAAAUUAAUGAUCGAUUAACGCCAGAUAGUGAUUAGAUAGGUCAGGGAAUGCUGGGAUUGUGUCUGUGAUAUAGCAUAACCUGCGGGGAUUGGCUUGACGCUCUAGGCUGUAACUAGGUCAGUAAAAGGUGGAUGUUAAGUGGGUUUUUGAUAUACACUUUUAAAGGUUGGCUGUGAUUAUGUCUUUGAUAUAUGCAUAUAUAGGUUAUCUGUG